GCGGGGAGGAGAGAAGGAGAGACUUGGAAACUCCGACUGCAAAUAAUAAAAGAAAUUGCAAACAAUACGUUAAUAUUACCAUAGCAAUAAAAAGAGCAGGAGCGAGAGAUGAGAAAGGGGAUCCAGCCCGCCCUGGAGCAGUACCUGGUGACCGCCGGGGGUGGGGAGGGGGCGGCUGUCGUCGCCGCGGCUGCUGCAGCCUCCAUGGACAAAAGGGCACUGCUAGCCAGCCCCGGCUUCCCCGCCGCCGCCGCCCCGAGCGCGUACAUCCAGAUCCUCACCACGAACACUUCCACCACCUCCUGUUCCUCCUCCCUCCAAAGCGGCGCCGUCGCCGCCGGCCCCCUCCUCCCCAGUGCCCCCGGCGUGGAGCAGACCGCUGGCAGCCUCAUCUACACCACGCCGCACGGACCCUCCGGCAGAGCCGGGCUGCUGCAGCAGCCACCAGCGCUGGGACGCGGCGGCAGCGGCGGCGGCGGCCCUCCGGCAAAGCGCAGGCUGGAGCUAGGAGAAAGCGGGCAGCAGUACCUCUCAGAUGGUUUAAAAACCCCCAAGGGCAAAGGAAGAGCGGCACUCCGGAGUCCAGACAGCCCAAAAACUCCAAAAUCUCCCUCAGAAAAAACACGGUAUGAUACAUCCCUUGGUCUGCUCACCAAGAAGUUCAUUCAGCUACUGAGCCAAUCACCUGAUGGGGUCUUGGAUUUGAACAAGGCAGCAGAGGUGCUGAAGGUGCAAAAGAGAAGGAUUUAUGACAUCACCAAUGUCCUGGAAGGCAUCCACCUCAUUAAGAAGAAGUCUAAAAAUAACGUGCAGUGGAUGGGCUGCAGUCUAUCUGAGGACGGGGGCAUGCUGGCCCAGUGUCAAGGCCUGUCAAAAGAAGUGACCGAGCUCAGUCAGGAAGAGAAGAAAUUAGAUGAACUGAUCCAAAGCUGCACCCUGGACCUCAAACUGUUAACCGAGGAUUCAGAGAAUCAAAGGUUAGCUUAUGUUACAUAUCAAGAUAUUCGAAAAAUUAGUGGCCUUAAAGACCAAACUGUUAUAGUUGUGAAAGCCCCUCCAGAAACAAGACUUGAAGUGCCUGACCCAAUAGAGAGCCUACAGAUACAUUUGGCAAGUACCCAAGGACCCAUUGAGGUUUAUUUGUGUCCAGAAGAGACUGAAACACACAGUCCAAUGAAAACAAACAACCAAGACCACAAUGGGAAUAUCCCUAAACCCACUUCCAAAGACUUGGCUUCAACCAACUCAGGACAUAGUGAUUGCUCGAUUUCUAUGGCAAACCUUUCUCCUCUGGCCUCCCCGGCCAACCUUUUACAGCAGACUGAGGACCAAAUUCCUUCCAACCUAGAAGGACCAUUUGUGAACUUACUGCCUCCCCUGCUCCAAGAAGACUAUCUCCUAAGCCUCGGGGAGGAAGAAGGCAUCAGUGAUCUCUUUGAUGCUUACGAUUUGGAAAAGCUCCCGCUGGUGGAAGACUUUAUGUGUAGUUGAUUAUGCUUUGUGUGAACUCCCCUUAUAAACCAAUAUUUUUUUAUUAUGGAACCAGAACAUGUGUCAUGCAGUGUUGUCCCUUCCUCCCUUCUUCCUCCAAGAUAGUAUCAUGAAGUAAACUACAGACUUCAGGACAAAGCUGACAUUUUAAUGAAUUAAAAAAAACAAAACUGUCUAUCAACGCACAGUUGCAGGCUCCCUUGGGAAAGCCCUGCCUUGCCCCAGGCUCCAAAAUCUCCUGGAUGAGUCAGCAAGUGAGAAAAUGUGCAAUCAGGUGUCUCUCACCCGUCCUCUUCCUCCCUCCCUCCCUCCCGGAUUGGCUUGCUGUGCCUGACGGAUGGGCUGUAGAAUGGGGUCUGGCCACCUGGCCCACUCGAAAACAGCAAUCUUCCUUAAUAGCAUUUCAAGCCGUGCCUUCUCCGCAGAAUGCAUGUCUUUGGGGUCUGCUAAUUUGGGAUGGAAACUGCAGGAACUGUAAACUUGAAGUCAUGCAAAAGUAUGAAAUGGAUUUCUUCAGCUCUUCUUAGGAAUAUUUAAAUUACUGUCAUAAUUCAGUUUAAGCUAUGGACCGCGUGUCCCACUUGGAGGCCAAGAGAUCUUCCACAGCCUUUCGGAUGAAGAAACUGUUCUCCAAUAUUCAUUGCAGAUACAGAAGAACAGUCGAGUUCUGCCCCUCUAAGCUGUUGUGGAUUUUCCUGUCUCCAUAAACCACUCCCACUCUCUUGCCCCCAACGUAUUUGUAAGUUUGAAGUUUAUAGCAAAUGCCUACUUAGGAGUUCUUUGUGGAUUGUUUUUUUUUUUCUUCCUUUUUUUUAGCUGCCAUUUAAGCAUUCCUGUGGCACCCAUCAACCAUUUCAAUUUAAUUGUUUACUUUGAAGCGGUUUUUGCUAAUUCAAAUUAUUUUAAGCAGAGGUAGAGAACCUCUACUGAUCAGAGCAUGUGUGAUCUAAGGCUUAAUAGCCUCGGCGAGAAGCUUUGCCCCAUCUCGCAUCCUUCCCCAGGAGGGGGUGCUCGGAGCGAGUGGAGCUCUCACUGACGGGGGUGGCCCAUUGGAGAGAACCAGGUCAGACCCCAAGGAGCAGCAGGUAUGGAUGGAUCCCUCCGUCCCUUGGGCUUCCCAGGCCCCCUGUGACCGGGGAAAGGGCUCUUACACUGCACUCAGGGAGACCACUUCUCAGGAUGGGGUCGGAUGGAGAGGCCUCUGGGGAGAAGGACAUCCCCUGUCGUGAGUAGCAUGCUAUCAGUAGCACUUCACUUCAGCCGUUGAGAGCAGGGAGCUCCCACUGUGUCGGGGGCUACAGGAGUCCUGGCCAGAGCCCCUGUUCCCCCUUCCACUGUGAAGGAGCAGGUUGGACCAAGGAAAGCUGGGGCUGUAGAAAAAAGGCAGGGCAGGAUGCCAGGGCAUCUUCCGCUUAACUCUUUAGGAAUGGCGUCCCAAGUCGGAGGCUUCCUGACAGCGGCAAAAUCCUACCAGUUGAAUCCAAGAAUGGCUUUCCCAUUGGCCACGGGGUAGAUGGCCAUCUCCCACUGGGAAUGUGGCAGAGUACCUCACAUCCAUUCUUUGGAUGCUAACGACUGUGGGAAUGAGGGAGUCAUCUAAUAAAUAAAUUAAACCUCAACACCAAGAAUGGUUGAGUUGAAUUGCUGUUCUGCCCGACACAGUGGGAGGCACGUGGUAGGCACUCGAUUCAACAGGAUGGGAAAAAAGAAAUACUGGGUUGGCCAAAAAGUUCAUUUGGGCUUUUCCAUACCAUCUUACAGAAUAUUCCUUACUUAUAUCCCUUAGGAAAAGUACAAAACAAAACCCACGAAAGCCCCAGCCAAUUUACUCUAGGUAGAUUUCCACAAUAUGCAAAGUGGUGGUGGGGUCAACACAAAUGACACCAGCACUUUAAACUAUUUGUGUAGGUAUGCAUGGGUGUAUGUUUGAGAAGAAAAACAAAGGUGCAGUUUAUCCUCCUUUUUCUUCGGCCUCCAUCCCCACCCUCCUCCCCUGGACACACACUGGACCUGGUCCGAGAUGAAGCAUUGGGUUGGGGAGGGAGGGGGAGCUUUGUGUCAAGUGCCUACUGGAAAUGCACUGUGGGGUUUUUUUCCUGUAUGGGAAACCAUUUAUGCCAAGCUUUUCCCUAUUUCCCAUAUUUAUCUCAUCUGGUUAGCUGCCUCUGUGUAAUUCUCUUUGCCAGCUGCACAAAGCUGAUUUUUUCCCAAAGUCUAAAGACUGAGCUCACCUGGCUAGGUGGUUGUGUGUUUGGUUGAAUUUCUCGUUAAACCUUUUCGUAACGUGAUGCCGUAUUUAUUGUUUUAAAAAACGAAAGGAAUCCUAAUAAGUCUUAAAAGUUCCUUCAUGCAUAAGGCUUUCCCAGUUAAUGGGCUUAACUGGUGUAUAGUAAGUAGACGUCCAUACUGUAUUCUGUUUGCAUUAGUCAUUUUCUUUUUGACAUAAGUUUCUGGCACACGAAGUGGGUUAGUACUACAGUAUUUGUGUUACUUUAAGUACUGAGUAUGCAGGUUUCCUGGUACCAUUGAGUUGCUGCUAUUAAAGCUCACACAUGAAAUGGCUAAAAGUUACAAGUAUGCGAAUUAUGACUGCGUGAGCCUUAGAGAGUAAAUUGUAUAAAGAGCAACACAUGAGCUGUCAAACAGUGUUAGGUGUGUGUUUAUAUGUACAGAUUUGUGCGUAGUAAUCAUUUUAUUUAAGUUGAUAUGCAGUCUCAUAUUUUCAUUAUCUAGCAAUUUUGUACAAAAAUAGCAAUUAAUUUGUAAACACUGCCAGAAUAUUUUCUAGCUGGUUUGUAAUUUUUAAAGAGUGUUAUUUUUUUUUUCUUGUUGUUGUUCUUGUUGUGGUGGUUCUUGUGUUCAUUUUUGUUGUAAGUGUAGAUCUGUAAAUACAAUUGCAGUAUUUAAAGCUUUAGCUUUCAGGAAAAAGAAAGUAAGAACUCAGUGUGUGCAUGACAACUCGUGUGUACGAAAUGAGGGAUUUGAAGGAAGAUGCCUUGCAGAGUGAGUCGGGUGGCAACUGUCCGAUUGUGGGAAUUUCUUUUCCUGUGGGGUACGAGAUUUUGUCAAAAGGAAGUAUUUCUCCCAGAAUUGGGAGUAUGCAAACUACUAAUCAGUUUAGCUUUGUGUUGUAUGCUAGUUUAAAAAAGAAAAUAUGUAAUAUAAUGUAAAAAAAAAAAAAAGCUUUUAUGAUGGAUUUUGUAAAUAGAUUUGUUACAGGGUAACCUGUUCUCUAGCUGUGAUCUUACCACUUCAAAUGGGUGUAAUUUGAAUAAAUUUUGUAUGGUAAAGGAUCAAUAAAAUGAUUUUUUUUAAGA